UCCAAUUCCAAGUCCACUUCCCUCGAAGAAAACCGCCGGGAGAAUUACAGCACACCUUUCCAACUUCCAUGUUUUAAAUCUUUCUUUGUCCAUCGAAGAAGUUGCUUUCACUCAUCUUUUCAUACUUUUUCCUCCUUAAUAUUGAAAACCCAUCAAUAUUCUUUCGUCAUUUUUUAUGCUUGGAAUUAGUAAUAUUUCAGCUAUUUAUCAUCAUAUAGACAUAUAUGUUCGAUUUUGGUGAUGAAUUUGUGAUUGAGAGCCAGAGUGUUCCAUGGCUUAUAUGGGCUCAGUUACUUGUCACGAUUCUUCUUGUUGUUAUACUUUUUUUUGGAUUCAGCAUCUUUGCUUUGGAUCGAUUCAGCAAUCCCUCCUGCAGCUCAGCAUCUUCUUCCUCUCAAUCCCAUGGCAAAGACGCUUUGCUCAAUAAAUCCAGCUCUUCACAUGGCUCUAAGGUUGAAGAAAGUCAAAGCAUUCAAAGGGAGACGGAGGCAAGUGCAUAUAAAGCUACCAUAGGAGAAGAAAUUGAAGAAAGAGAUGAAGCGUCAGUAAAGGAUAUAGCCCUUCUGAGGCUUUUGGGACAGGGAAACCACCCCUGCCAUUAUAUGAAUCUUGCUAAACAGGCUAUUCUCAAGUGUUUUGGCUUAGGUUAUACCUCUGAGAGAUCUCACAGUUGUAAACAUCGAAAGGAAGACUAAGGUGUGCCGUGUGCGCUCUCUCUCUCUCUCAUGCACGGCUCAUCCACAUUAAUGAACCAAUGGUGCUUUCCAUCUACCUAAUUGUCUAUAUCACACGGAUAUUCUUAUGCUGGAAAAAUGCACAUCACCUAUUGGUUUGCUUGUUCCUUGGUCCAAAUGAAAUUUAAGAUUGAGCAUUGAUGUUUGGACAUUUCAUUCUGGACCAGGUCAAUAUGUCACAAAAUAAGAAAAAUGUCGAAGUAUAAAUUUAAAAAUAAGAUGUAGUAUUUUUGAAACUUUUGAAAAUUUCAACACGGGCAUAAAGGUCAGCGCUGUAUGCACUCUGCUUGAAGCUUUUAGCUACGAGUAGGAUGGAGUUCUAGGAAAAAAUGGUUAAGACUGCAGACAGCAUGAGCCACUGAACACUUGGUUGAAAGAAUGUUGUUCCCUAUUAGUUGGUCAGAUUUUAUCUUGAUUUAAUAGAUAGAAGUUCCAUAGAAAGUAAAGGGAUAUAAUGCAGAGGGGACUAGUAGAGAAGUUUACUAGAAGUAGAGACAAAGAUGACUGGACAUUUCCUAUGCUUAUGUUGAAGCAAGGAAUUGAGCUUCUCUUUUCUUAGCUAGACUUGGUUCUUUUGCAGGAAAAGAUUGCAGUCAGUCUUGGGCGGUGGAUGGAUUAAUCCAAGUAGAAUUAGCUGUUGUCAAUUGUACGAAUUUGUAAUCCAUAUUCACAUCUCACUGUAAUUUGGCUCCAGAAACUAGCUAACUCUAGUACGUUUAUUGAGAACUCAGCAAUCUAAUUAAUCUAUGGCUGCUGUCUAUUCAGGAAGGACAAUUUGUCA